AUGCGAUUGUCGAUCUCCCUUUUCUUGCUUCUUCGAUCAGUAGAAGUGUUGGCAGAAAAUCCGACAAAAACAAAUGAAAUACCGCCAUUACAACCGAAUUUCGAAAAUAUUGAGACGAACGCUCUUCCACCUAAAAGCAGUCGAUUCUCGAGAAGUCCAUCAGACCAAACAACCACAACUCCAAUACCGAGAACUCCAAUCUACAUUCCCGAUGUUCGUCCAGAAUUCCAAGAUCACACGAAUGUUGAAGAGGGAUCCGGGAUGAAUCCAAGCACGAGUACACGUGCCCUUUCACCUCUGAUUUCAAUGCAAUUCCCUGAAGUCACCCCUACACCCUCUUUUGAUACUUAUAUAAAUGGCUACCUUUCAAAUCGUCAAUAUCGAUCACUGACUCCGACUUUAAUGGGUGAUGAGUUAAUGGCUGUUAACCGCCCUGGUGGACCGAAUGAAUUUGUGGCUUUUUGGAUUCCGCAGAAUGGUCGACCAGUUUGGGGAAAAGUUUUUGUUGAUUCGACUGGAAAAACGGCUGGAUCGUUUAUUUUGAAUGGCCGCGUCUACAACACCAGCGAUCCAUCAAUCUUUUCCCAAACGCGUGUCCUUACAUAUGCUCCAGAUUAUGAAGAGAAAUUCAAUUUUCGAUACAGCUGGGUGCCGAUGGGUCGCCUUGAUCCAAAUCUUGCUGUCACUGUAAUCAACGAUGCUCGUCAAUGUAAACAAACUGUACCGGCUUUACUCGUCGAUCGAAUUCACAAAAACUUUCAAUACCUUGGCGAGGUCGAUUUGAUCACUCGACAAUUUAACUACGUCUACGGGGGAAUUCCACACACAAUUGCUGACUCAUCUCAAUUCAUGACCGAUGUGCGAGUGAUCGUCAAAUUGCGAUGCCAAUGUUCUUGUGGAAUU